UCACAUCCUGAAACACGUCGAGCACAUGAUCAGCAGCCGAGCUGCGAAUCAAACGCUCCCCGAGGACGCGAGGUGGAACCUGGACCCCCCCCACCACCACCACCACCACCACCACCACCACCCCAUCAGGUCCCUGAAGGGGGUCCAACACCUGGUCUGGGACCCUGUGAGGGGACGACAGGAGAACAGCUGCCUGAGGGAAACCGUCCCUCCUGUCCAGACGAGCCGGUCUGAGCGCGCUCCGUACGGCCUCAGAGCGUUUGAAAAGGACUGAAGCUGAAACAGGGACCAGGUCUGAAAGUGGUUUGAUCUGUUCUCUUCCUGUUCCAACCAGACUCUGAACCAGACUGAGCGUUGACGUCCAAACCACAUCAGCAUCGUCGCCGUCGUCGUCGCCUCGGUGAGAACAAACCUUCAAACCUCUGCAGCUCGAACGCUUCCUGCCUCUUCAACGUCUCAGCUGAAACGUGGCGCGUUUGUUUUCCAGCCUCGACAUGUCUCCUCCCUCCAACUCCACGGACGGAUGCUCCAAGUGCAUCGUCAACGACCAGAUGGGCCCCUUCACCGUCCUCUACAUCCUCAUCUACAUCAUCAGUCUCCCUGGAAACCUGGCGUCGGCCUGGGCCUUCUUCAAGUGCAGCACCAGAGACAAGCCUCCGAGCUCCAGGAUCUACCUGGUGAACCUGCUGGUGGCCGACCUCCUGCUGCUGCUCGCGCUGCCCUUCAAGAUCCUGAAGGACCUCGGGGCGGCGUCCUGGGACCUGAUGGUGUUUCACUGCCAGGCCAGCGGCGUCACCAUCUACAUCAGCCUGUACGCCUCCAUCGCCUUCCUCGCCUUCAUCAUCACCGACCGCUGCCUGCAGGACUGCCAGACCGUGAGCACUCUGAGGAUGCAGGAGGCCGGAUUCGCUCGGCUGCUGUCGCUGGUCGUCUGGCUGCUGCUGCUGCUCAUCAUGGUUCCCAACAUGGCUCUGCCCAUUAAACACGUCCAGCAGUGUCGCUACCUCAGCUGUUCGUCCCUGAAGCAGGACAUCAGCCUCCACUGGCACGCGCUGACCAUCGUCCUCUGCACGGCGCUGUUCCUCAACGCCUCCGCCGCCGUCCUCAUCUCCGCCGGCCUGGCCUUCAAGAGACUCCUGCGUAGCCGCGGCGACCCCAAACUGUGGGCGGACGCCAGGCGAGCGGCGGCGAGCGUGGCGGCCGUGGCCCUCGCCUACGUCCUCAGCUUCGUGCCCUACCACAUCGUGAGGACGCCGUACACCCUGGCCCAGACCAAAAUCAUCACCGACUGUCGGACGAAGCGGGAGCUGUUCCUGGCGAAGGAGUCGACGCUGCUGCUGAGCGUCCUGCACGUCUGCUUCGACCCCGUGUUCUUCUUCUACCUUUCCGAGCCGUUCAGGCAGACGCUGAGGGAAAUGUUCCCCAUCAUCACGAGACGGUGGCCGGUGAAAACCCCGGAGCAGCACGAAGAAAGGGAAGCAGCAGAGGAGACGCUCCAUCAGACAUGUUGUGCAAAGCCGGAGGCUGAAGUUUAGCCUAGCUUAGCACAAAGACUGGAAGCUAAUGGAAACUGCUAGCCUCAAAAAAUGGACAAAAAUAUGAGAGAGAUGAAAUCAGUGACUUUUAUUGAUAAGAAGUUAAAUUAAAAAAUGAAAUGUUUUAAUGUGGAUUGAAGUGUGUUGUGUGGUGGCGCAGCCAGCAGAGGGCGCCAGUAAACAGAGAGAAUCACUGUUUAAACUGCAUAGAUGAAGGGGAGGAGAAGAAGAGGAGGAGGAAGAAAAGGAAGAAGAAAGGAGUUUCUCCUCCUCCUCGUCCUCAGUGUCUUUCCUGCCUCCUUGUUUCUGUGCCUCCCAGUGGAGCAGACAUUUUAUUCUACUUCCUGGAUAAAGAUGUUUAAAAAGUUUUUCUUGACGUGAUCUCAGGAAACAUCUGGACUGAUGAGCUGCCUCCUCCUCCUCCUCCUCCUCCUCUCUGAGUCCUUGAUGUUGCAAUAAAACACACGUCUCUAAAAUUA